CAGAGCGCUGAGGGCCGUCCUGAGAAAACCUGUUCACCAACUUCACACAAGUUUCACUGCGCUCCUCAGCGAGCUGCUGCUUCCACACAAACUCUCACUGGAUCUCAAAAGUUGUUGACUUUCUUCUGAGGAGCUGAUCAUCAUCAUCAUCAUCAUCAUCACUGCCUGACUCUGAGUGUAUGUGUAUGUGUGUGUGUGUGUAUGUGUAUGUGUAUGUGUGUGACAAGUUGCGCUGGCGAUGUCUGGAUCUUACUGCAAAAGUUUGUACCCGUUCGGCGGAGAGCAGCACCAGCAGGGACUGAGCUUCGAGGUUGGGGAGAUUAUUAAGGUGGUGCAGCCUCUCCCUGGAGGCUGGUGGGAGGGAGAGAAGGAUGGAGUCAGAGGAUGGUUCCCCUCAAGCUAUGUCCAGGUCCUGGAGAGGACAGCAUCACUGAGUCAGCUCCCUAUGGAGGACCUCAAAGACCCCCUGCCGCCUCACUGGAGAUGCUACAUGUCUCCACAAGGGCGGCGAUACUACGUCAACACUGCAAGCAAUGAGACGACAUGGGAGAGACCGUCCAGUUUGCCUGGGACCCCCAAAACCGCCAUCCGACACAAGAACUCCCUGCCAGCAGUUAAUGGAUUUCACUCAGGUGGUAGUCCCUUGCAUCAUUUGGAGCUUCCGCACAACAGUCUGAUCAGGAAGAGCAGUACAGAGCCACAGAGCCCGGGAUCAACGUCGCCCACCAGGAAACAGAAGGAGACCACGGUUACGAUUAACUGUGUGACGUUCCCAUCGCCUUCGUGCAUGCCGGAGCAACAGCUGCUGAAACCAGACGAAUGGAGCUACUGUGACUAUUUCUGGACCGAUAAGAAGGAUCCCCAGGGCAACGGCUACAUCACAGGAUUUGAGGUUUUGCUGCAGAAACAGCUAAAGGGGAAACAGAUGCAGAAAGAGAUGGCCGAGUUCAUUCGAGAGAGGAUAAAGAUAGAAGAGGAGUACGCCAAGAAUCUCUCCAAGCUUUCCCAGAUCCCUCUAGCCAACCAGGAAGAAGGGACUCUAGGGGAAGCCUGGGCCCAACUGAAGAAGAGUCUGACUGACGAAGCUGAGGUUCACCUCAAGUUCUCCUCAAAACUCCAGAGUGAAGUGGAGAAGCCUUUUCUGACCUUCAGGGAGAACUUUAAGAAGGACAUGAAGAGGUUCGACCAUCAUAUCGCUGACUUGCGGAAGCAGCUGGUUGGACGCUAUGCAGCGGUGGAUAAGGCCCGUAAGGCUCUGGCUGACAGACAGAAGGAGUUGGAGUUGAAGACUCAGCAGCUGGAGAUCAAACUCAGCAACAAGAUUGAAGAAGACAUCAAGAAGGCCCGCAGGAAAUCCACACAAGCAGGAGAUGAUCUGAUGCGCUGUGUCGACCUUUACAACCAGUGCCAGUCCAAGUGGUUUGAGGAGAUGGUCACCACGAGCCUGGAACUGGAGCGGCUGGAGGUGGAGCGGGUGGAGAUGAUCAGACAGCACCUGUGUCAGUACACCACCCUUCGACAUGAGACAGAUAUGUUCAACCAAAGUACGAUGGAGCCGGUGGACCAGCUCCUCCAGUGUGUGGACCCAUCUAAAGACAGAGAGCUGUGGGUGCGGGAGAAUAAGACUGGAGACAUCAGGCCAGUGGACAUAGAGAUUUAACCUCAGUGCUGUCCGCCAGCUCUGCUUAUGCACACUUUAAACCCCCGGGCUCACAGACGGACACACUGAUCCAGAUGCAAAGCGCCUAAAGACUGAGUGGGAAAUUGAAUGUGUGUUGGGAUCAUCUCUCACCCGCUGAUCCAUGUGUGACUCCUAACAGACUGAAGGGGUGAUCAGUCAGUGCUCACUGGCUCUUAACAUCCUAACGACAAACCUGAUGAGGAUGAUGAUGUCAGUGUUUGGGGAGUUUUGUGAUGACCCCAACGGAUGAGUGAAGAUGUCAGGUAGUGGCGGGUCUUGGUGUUCUGGUAUGCAAGCUGGUGCUCAGCUAAACAGCACAGGAGAAUGAGAGUGUGAAUUCUGUUGAAAAAAGGAUACUCAGGUGAGGCAAAUGAUGAAGAAGCAUCUACAAUGAACAUUUAACAUCUGUAAAUGUUGAAUAGCUUUAUGUCGUGCGGCAGUGUAAUGCUGCUGUUUUAUGUGCUUUUGCUCUGUGAGGUAAUUCUUGGUGUCACGUGUGUUGAUGCACACGUGACUUCAGAACUGCGAGUUGUUGGCAAAAAUGAUUUAACGAAAGCUGCUAAGCUAAAUGCAUUCUGACCUAAGAGUGUUAUAUUACUGAGUACCAGAAUAAGGCUAAAGUAUUGUAAUAUUAAUAUCUAUAUUGACCCUUUGCAAAGCCCCGCCCCACCUUAGUUACUGUAGCUACACAUGUAAAACCUACAUAGUAGGAGGGCACAUAUGCAGUUUACAAUUAUAAUAGUGGUAGAUUUAUCAUCAAAAUUCUUAAUAUUUUUUUCACAAUUUAAAACAUAUGUAGAUCAAAGCAGCUUGUAAUUUCUUGCCAAGGAGUGUAGAACUAAAAUAACAGCAGUUAGCGUUAGCAACAGUUAAAUGCUGAUGCACCAACUCAGUGAUGUAGUUGAAAAUACUGUCACCUGACAUUUACAUUUUUUUUAAAGUUUCCAGAAGAUUAGUUCUAAAACUAAAACCAUGCAAGAGUCUUAAAUAUUUGCUUGCUGCCUACAUACAUUGUGUUAUACUAACAGACUAGGCUAACGCUACAGGAUACAGUCUAUCAGUCGAUCUAGUUAGUCUUAUAAAAUAGUAAAAAUAAAGUAGUAUUAUAGAGUAGUCAAAAUUAAAAUGUAACUUGUUUUAGCAAAGCCCUUUUUGAAUGCUUAGAAAAACAUACUUGGGCUAUUAAGCAACAGUGUUCAUGUAUUAAUAUCAAUGUUCGUGUUUUUUAGAAGUAUGCUUCACUUUUUCAAGAGAGAAUAACCAACAUAAAUACAACACUAUGUAAAACAAGUUUGUCUGGUCUCUAAACUUCCCCAAGCCAAAUAAAAAGCACUAUCAAUACUCUAAACUCUAAUAUGGUAACAUCUUAGCGUCACAAAAAACACAUAAUAAAAUGAAGUUAAUGACAUUCCCCUUGCC